UCAUAACGAUCCAAUCAAACCAAAACCGAACUUGUCCACAGGCCUAAACUUGAAAACAGCACAACAGCCAUCUAUGGGACUCUGCCAAUCUCUGGGAUUCUGCUUGAGAAGAUCUCACUCUCAUGAAAUCCCAAUCUCUUCCUCAUCUGAGUCUUCUCCUCGUCCAUCUCAUCCAUUCCCCAAAACCACCCCGCAACACUUUAGCCCUUCUUCUUCUAAAGCUACUUCAUCAUCCGGUAUUGGAACCAUUUUGCUCAAACCAUAUGUUGAUGUCACCACCAUUUAUGAUCUUGACAAAGAGUUGGGCAGAGGUCAGUUUGGCAUCACUUAUCUUUGCACCGAAAAGGCAACAGGACGAAAAUAUGCCUGCAAAUCUAUUUCAAGGCGUAAACUAAGCACUGACAGGGACAUAGAGGAUGUUAGACGAGAGAUUUCGAUAAUGCAGCACCUAACAGGGCAACAAAAUAUUGUGGAAUUCAAAGGUGCUUAUGAAGAUAGGCAGAAUGUGCAUUUGGUGAUGGAACUGUGUUCAGGUGGCGAGCUUUUUGAUCGGAUAAUAGCUAAAGGGAGUUAUUCAGAACGUCAAGCGGCUUCUAUUUGUCGACAGGUUGUGAAUGUGGUGAAUGCCUGUCAUUUUAUGGGGGUUAUGCAUAGGGACUUGAAACCUGAAAACUUCUUGCUGGUUAGCAAGGAUGAGAUUUCUCCAAUAAAAGCCACAGAUUUUGGACUCUCUGUCUUCAUUGAGGAAGGCAGAACGUAUAAGGACCUUGUUGGAAGUGCAUACUAUGUUGCACCAGAGGUGUUAAACCGGAAAUAUGGCAAGGAGAUAGAUGUGUGGAGUGCUGGUGUCAUUUUAUACAUUCUUCUUAGUGGAGUGCCUCCAUUUUGGGGUGAGACUGAGAAAGAAAUCUUUAAAGCGGUUUUAGAAGGUAAUCUUGACUUGAAAAGCUUGCCAUGGCCAUCUAUAUCUGAAGGUGCAAAGGACCUCAUCAGAAAGAUGCUAGCAAAGGAUCCUAAGAAACGGAUCACUGCUGCUCAAGCUCUAGAACAUCCAUGGCUGAAGGAGGGUGGUGAUGCUUCUGACAAACCUAUUGAUAGUGCUGUCCUUAGCAGGUUGAAGCAGUUCAGAGUAAUGAACAAGCUCAAAAAACUAGCGUUGAAGGUGAUAGCAGAAAGCCUAUCAACGGAAGAAGAGAUCAAGGGCUUGCAACAGAUGUUCAAAAACAUCGACACUGACGGAAGUGGUACAAUAACACUAGGAGAACUCAGGGAUGGAUUAGCUCGCUUGGGAUCUAAGUUAACUGAAACUGAAAUAAAGCAGCUUAUGGAUGCUGCUGAUGUUGACAAUAGUGGAACCAUUGAUUACAUUGAAUUCAUAACUGCUACAAUGCAUCGACAUAGGCUUGAGAGGGAAGAAAAUAUAGUCAAGGCUUUUCAGUUCUUUGACAAGGAUAACAGUGGGUUUAUUACAAGAGAUGAACUAAGACAAGCUAUGACGCAGUACGGAAUGGGAGAUGAGGCUACAAUCGAUGAAGUCAUUGAGGAUGUUGAUACUGAUAAGGAUGGGAGGAUCAACUACGAGGAAUUUGUAGCCAUGAUGAAAAGGGGAACUCAUGAUGGGGAUGGCAAUUGGCAAAGACAGAUGAACAGCUAAGGUCUUUCUUUAGUUGGCAAUGGCUGCUCCAUUUGUUGCAAACUUUAUUUCGAUCUUCAAUACUCCUCAUCUGUUGUUGUGAUGCUGAAGCUAAACAAUUCAGUUCGUUUAUUUGGAUUGGAUUGGAUAACAAUCUUUAUUAUAAUUGGAUUGAUUUCUGGCGUUUAAGUGCUGAUAUUUAAUGGAUUUGAUUGACUGAACGUGUCGUUGAUUAA